AGCGCUAGCAGAGAGUGCUAGCAAAGAACCAGCUGGAACCAGCGCUUGUUUACAUCGAGGGUGUGCUCCUCGUUCACGCUCGCUCGCGAUAAAGAAAAGGUUCGGUUUGCGCCCUUAUCUAUAAUAGCCGUGAUAAGGAUUCACGUAAGGCGAUGAGCUGACCGGGCUUGAGACGAGCAGGCAGCAGGCCGCCCACACUCGAGGGAAGACCGGGCCAGACGCUUGACGCGAGUUGAGGUUAACGCGCGCUAGUCAGCUGAUUCAGUGACCGACCGGGGGCCAACACGACUCGUCGAGCGAUCGUCCUGGAUCGUCCAGCAGGUUCGUGCACCUCCAGACCAAGCUGCUCCUACGUUUGAAUCGUAUUGAAAAGUUUCAAUCUCAGGUCAGGCCUCUUCAAACGGCAAUCAAACUGUGCAAUUGUAUAAUUGUGUGCAAUUAAUAUAUAUAUACAUAUAUUAUUAUGCGUCUGGUAAUUUGCGAUAACGUGGACUACGUCGCGGAGUGGUCUGCGAAAUACGUUUUAAAACGAAUCAACGAUUUCAAUCCUGAUGAAAACAAGUAUUUCGUUCUUGGUCUCCCCACAGGAGGGACACCUUUGGGAAUGUAUAAAAAGCUUAUAGAAUUUUAUCAACAAGGCAAAAUUUCCUUCAAGUAUGUUAAGACAUUCAAUAUGGACGAGUAUGUUGAUUUACCGAGAGAUCAUCCCGAAUCUUACCACUAUUACAUGUACAACAAUUUCUUCAAACAUAUAGAUAUCGACCCAAAGAACGUGCAUAUACUUGACGGAAAUGCGACGGAUCUCGAAAAAGAAUGCGAUAAUUUCGAGGAAAAAAUCAAAGAGGCUGGUGGAAUAGAAUUGUUCAUUGGAGGUAUCGGACCAGACGGUCAUAUAGCCUUCAAUGAACCUGGUUCGUCAUUAGCUUCUCGCACAAGAGUGAAAACCCUUGCACAAGACACUUUGGAAGCCAAUGCGAGAUUUUUCGGAAAUGAUAUUAACAAAGUGCCGAAGCAGGCGUUAACUGUAGGCGUCGGUACCGUAAUGGACGCUAAGGAAGUGAUGAUUCUUAUCACUGGAUCUCACAAAGCUUUUGCCCUUUACAAGGCCAUAGAGGAAGGCAUUAACCACAUGUGGACGGUGUCCGCGUUUCAACAACAUCCUCGCACGCUCAUUAUCUGUGAUGAAGACGCUACUCUGGAAUUACGCGUAAAAACGGUUAAAUACUUCAAGGCGCUCAGUGACGUACAUCGCAAAUUGAUUGAGGAAGAUGGAAAUGCAAUCCCCCGCCGCGCGGUGCAAAACAAUUGAAGUGAACUUAUGGGAUAUUCAUAGCAAAUUGAUCGAGCAAGAAAGCUGGCCAAAGUAAAGAUUUUCCACCAUCGGCAAUUCGUGAAAAUCAUAACGAAUUUACAUGAGAAGGACAAACAGUCGGAAGUUUUAGCGCAUAAACGAUAAUUAAAGUGAUCAGAGAUUGCAUUAUGCAAUAUAUAUAUAUAUAUGUAUCUUACGUUUUUUAUUUUAAUCGUAUAUUACAUAUACAAAAGUUUUAAUUACAUAUACUUAACACAUAUGCUCUUAUACACAACUGCCAUGUGAGUGCCAGAAAAAUAUAUUUUUAUAUCAUUCUGUUAUUUCAGAAAUAAAUUUAUUCUUUUUACCGCCGUA